ACUCACUCUCCUGGAAACCCACCGAGAACCUCCACCCUCUGACACCAUGGUCAACUCCUGUUGUGGCUCUGUGUGCUCUGACCAGGGCUGUGGCCUGGAGAACUGCUGCCGCCCCAGCUGCUGCCAGACCCCCUGCUGCAGGACCACCUGCUGCCGCCCCAGCUGCUGUGUGUCCAGCUGCUGCAGACCCCGGUGCUGCCAGUCUGUGUGCUGUCAGCCCACCUGCUGCCGCCCCAGCUGCUGUCAGACCACCUGCUGUAGGACCACCUGCUGCCGCCCCAGCUGCUGUGUGUCCAGCUGCUGCAGACCCCGGUGCUGCCAGUCUGUGUGCUGCCAGCCCACCUGCUGCCGCCCCAGCUGCUGUCAGACCACCUGCUGCAGGACCACCUGCUGCCGCCCCAGCUGUUGUGUGUCCAGCUGCUGCAGACCCCGGUGCUGCCAGUCUGUGUGCUGCCAGCCCACCUGCUGCCGCCCCAGCUGCUGUCAGACCACCUGCUGCAGGACCACCUGCUGCCGCCCCAGCUGUUGUGUGUCCAGCUGCUGCAGACCCCGGUGCUGCCAGUCUGUGUGCUGCCAGCCCACCUGCUGCUGCCCCAGCUGCUGCAUCUCCAGCAGCUGCCGCCCCUCUUGCUGUGAAUCCAGCUGCUGCCGCCCCUGCUGCUGCCUGCGUCCAGUCUGUGGCCGAGUCUCCUGCCACACCACUUGCUAUCGCCCAACCUGUGUCAUCUCCACCUGCCCCCGCCCCUUGUGCUGUGCCUCCUCUUGCUGCUAAAUCUCUGCUGUGAACACACCACUUCCUUAUUACGUCCUUUCCUACAGAUGAAGGCUCUCAUUGCAAACAUGCGGACUGUUCAAGAGAAUUGAUCUGGGUCCCAUAAGCAAAUCUCAUCCUUAGAAAUUCUGUAUUUGCAUUCUACCUUUUGUCCAAACUCCCUUCCUUCCAAAGGAAUUCAUUGACAAUCUCCUAAUAAAUUGACAAAUUGUCCUCCAACAUCCCCCCACCUCUUUGACUUCAGGACAUUUAUUCAUCAUGCCUAAGGAAUUUGAAGAUUGCCUCCCUCAUUUGUAGGGCCACGGAUCUUAAUGCCUCCAACCUUGAAGUCCAGUGAAGUCUCUCUCUUAAAGUCUUUUGCAAACAUUUUUGUUAUUUCCAUGUACCAAAAUAAACCUCUAUUCUAUUGGCACUGAAAA